AUGAGUGCACCGCGGCGGCGCCCUGUCCCGCACGGUGUCGAUUCCGGGAGCAAGAUGAGCAAGAAGAAGGGGGGACAUAGUACAUCAACCCCCGCGAAAACCAAGUCGCGGCCGGUGCCGGACGAGGAUCCCCUCACGUCCGAGACCGAGGAGGAAGCCGCGGCGGUCGGUGCCGAUGGCGACGGUGUGUGGGACAAGGCGUUUUGUGUGGUGUGCGACUGCCUGAUCGAGACAGAGGGCGCGUCGGACGACGGCAAAGACAUCGACGACAGCACAUGGGAAGCGGCGGCGGUGUCCUCGCUGCCGAUCCACGCACGCCUGCUGAAAGAGCGGAGACAGCGUGCACCGCCGAGCACGCUGCAGCAAGGCGCGCCGCUCUUUUGCUCGGAGCGGUGCCGGCUCGCCGACGAGGCGCAAUCGGGCAGCAUGAACGAGUUUAUGCAGUACGUCGAGCCGCCGAGCGAGGCGCCGCGGCGCAUGUCGCAGCCGACACAGCCGCGUAUCGGCGCCUCGCUCGAGAAGGAGCGCAUGCCCCGCAACGCCGUCACACAGAGCCUGAAUACCUACUCGCUGCGUGCCGCGACGCGCGUCGCGCACACGCGCGCCGCCGAGCGGCCCCGCAGCCCCGGAAGCGCCGCGUUUCCGCAGGAGGCGUUUGAUACCACAUCGCUCAAGCAGGCGGUGCGCAGUGCCGCCACAUCGCCGAGCGCCCCGUCGAACCUCGCACGCGCACGCCGCCAUGCGGCACAGUCAUUGUCGCCCAGCGAGCUCGAGCUGAAUACACCGCCAAAGUCGCUCGUGCUCGGCGGCGCAGAAAGCAGCUCGCUCGAUGCGCGCACGCCCGUCUCCGGCUCGCCCCUCGACCUGCUUCCGAGCGGGCGGCACCGCGCCGAGCCGAGCGUGCACGUCGCACGCAGCGAGGCCGACCGCCGCGCGAUGCCGCCGCCCGACACGGGCGCCACCGCCUCGGCCGUGCAGGCCCUGCGCCGUGCCAAGGCGCAAGGCGACGACGACGAGAAAAGCGCACGUUCUUUUUCCGGCGUCUUUUCGUCGCUGCUUACCGGCCGCGACGACAAGGACGCGGACGCGGAGGGCAGCGUGCGCAUCCCGCCGCGGGGCAGCGACGCGAGCUCCUUGUCGCGCUCCGACGUGCCCCGCGCCAUCCACACGCCGUCCGAGCCUGCAGAGAUCGACGGGAGCGGGAGCGAGGCGUCGAUGUCGACGUCGCUCGGCGUGCGCUCGAGCAUCAGCUCGACGCGGCGCAAGUCGCGGCGCAGCCGCGACAUUCACGUCCUCCCGCCGCUGCUGGGCCUCCCGCCACAGAGCGCAAGAAGCGGGUCGUCGGUGGGAAGCGCACGCAGCGCGACGCGCAGCGAUAGCCUCGCGCCGGGCAGCAGCGACGAGCCACUGAGCACGACGCCGAUCGAGCGUUCGUACUCGCGCACGAGCCUCUCGAUGCGCUCGCCGCGGCAGUGGAGCGCGAGUCUCGCGCCGAACCCUGGCGACGCGGGCCUCUUUUCGCGGAGCAUUGGCGCGCACAGCUCGACGGCGCUCGCGGCGAGCUUUGGCGUGCCGGGCACGUCGCCCCGGCGCACGGGUCUCGGCUGGAGCGCGCUCACGCCGGUGCAGCCGCGUGGCGAACGUGCGCCGAUGCGCUCGCGCACGACGGCCAUGGCCGAAGGCGCGGGCGCGAGCCCCUCGAGCGAGCAAGAAACCGCCGCGAGCCGGCGGCGUCCCCCCGCGGGCGGCAACUGGCGGUACACCGGCGAGGAUGGCUCGGCAAAGAUGUACCCCAUUCUGCAGCUGCCCGGCGCGGAUAUCCAUGACAUGUACAGCGAGUAUUGGCAGGGCCCCGACGCGCCGCAGCACGCCGCCGACGCGCCGCCGAGCGCCGAGGAGCUGCUUUCGCGGCGCCUCGCCCACUCUCAAAAGCGGGCGGUUCCGGUGCAGCCGCCUGCGCGACGCAAGUCGCUCUUUUACUUUGACAGCUAG